AGGCAGGUGUCAGCAAUCAACUAAUUACAGCCUGACUCAUAUAAAAGCAGCAUUCUGUGGUUCAGUCUGAAGCUGCUAUCUCAACCUGCAGGAAGUGCUGAAUACUGGUGAAAGAUGUCUGGCCGGGGAAAGAAAGUUGUAACCAAAACCAAAUCGGUGUCCCGGUCCUCCAGAGCAGGGGUCACUUUCCCAGUGAGCCGCAUCCACCGGCUGCUGAGGAAGGGCAACUAUGCUCAGCGGAUUGGAAGCGGCGCUGCGGUGUACUUGGCAGCAGUCCUGGAGUAUCUCGCCGCUGAGAUCCUGGAGCUGGCUGGGAACGCCUGCCGUGACAACAAGAAGCAACGCAUCGCUCCUCGCCACAUCUUGCUGGCGGUGAAAAACGAUGAAGAGCUCAACAGAAUGCUAGCGGGGGUCACCAUCUCCGAUGGCGGCGUCAUCCCAAACAUCCAGGCCAGCCUUCUCCCCAAGAAGACCAAGAUGUCCAAGGAUGACAGUACAGCCAAAGAUGUUAACUCUCAAGAGUUUUAAGUGAGAAUGUACAAGUUCUGCAAAUGUGUUAUUAAAGUGAUAUUUUUUUAAGAA